GUAAUUUUCGCGGCUGAUGCCUGAUUUCAGCACCACCCUCAUAAAUUUCAAUAUUGAUCCAUACUACUUCUAUACAAAAUUUUCUCUUGUGAAGAGACGAACCACAAGAUUCCUUCAAUAUAAUUCAAAUCCUUGCAUUGAAUAGGUUCAUCGAAUAGGCUCAGGUGAAAUGUCUCAACCCCUCCUCGAGGCUAUGACAGGAUAUAUGACCCAAUCCAUGUCCGGCCACGACCCAUCGCACAACCCAGCACAUGUGCACCGCGUGGUCAGGCUCGCUCACCAGGUUCUCGAAGGCGAGCUCUCUCGUCACCCAGAUACAGCGAUCAACUACGACCGGACCAUCAUCACUCUGGCGGCCACACUGCACGACAUCGGGGAUCACAAAUACCUACCAGAGACAAGCACCAAUCAAAGUAAUGAUACUAAUAAAAAAGAGACGAGUGAUCCCACGCGUAUGGUCUACAACAUCCUCAAAUCCCACGGCGCCGACACAGCGCUUGCCGAACGAGUGCAGACGAUCGUCUCGCACGUCUCGUAUUCCCACGAAAUCAGGAAUCCGCAGAAAGUGCGGGAUCUACUUGUCGACGAGCGGUAUCGGGAGUUGGCAGUUGUGCAGGAUGCCGAUCGGCUAGAUGCGAUUGGCGCAGUGGGGAUUGCGCGCACGUUUACGUAUCUGGGGUCGCAGGGGGAGAAGAGGAGGCAGGAGGGCAGGGUGGAGGGUUGGGAGUUGGAGGAGUCGAUUGAGCAUUUUGGGGAGAAAUUGGAGAAGUUGGAGAGUAUGAUGAAGACGGAUACCGGGAGGGCGAUGGCAGCGGAGCGGACGAAACGGCUACGCGAGUUCAAAAAGUGGUGGGUUGAUGAGACGGCUGUUAUUGCAUGAAUGAUUAUAAUAUAACUUGAUGCUAAACAGAAACAGUGAUUCAAUCGAGUACUCUAAUGAUAGCUAGCCCUGUUUUGUAGAUUUCUCCUUUAUGCAAGUUUUUUUCUCGUUUCGAUAUUUAGAGAGUGGUGACGGAACGUCCCAGAAUGCAUCAGAACGAGUGAACAGAACAGAACAGAGGGGUAUUGGAUGUCAUAGGCAGCUGCAAACCAGCUCCAAAUUCAGAUGGCUG